CCUCUCUGUGCUGCCCGAUUCGCUGGUUCUCUCCAGCGGCUCACAGUUUGGCUUGUCCCGGCGUUAGCAGCCGGACCUCCCCCCUCCCCACCCACCACCCCCUCCUCCCCAGGAGCUGUCAAUCAGAGGGGAUGGGGCAGAGACCGGCUGCUCGCUGCCUCGGGAGUUACUGGUUUAUCUGGAUCCAGAUUACUACCAGGAGCUGAGAGCAAGGGCGAGGAGGGAGCUAUGGCCAUGAUCAGGGCCCUGGGGCUGCUGGUAAUCUCCCAGCUCCUGCUAAAGGCCGGAGCCCAGGAGCUGAUUGUAGAACCUUUCGGACCGAGUGGGCCCGCGGGACCCCCGGGCAAGGACGGGAUUGAUGGUGAGCCGGGACCAGCGGGUUUGCCAGGCCCUCCGGGUGUACCAGGGGAACCAGGAGACCCCGGGAGUCCUGGACCUCCUGGCCUUGCUGGCCUUCCAGGAAUCGAUGGUCUGCCUGGUCCGGAUGGAACUGCUGGUGCUGAUGGAGCCCUUGGUGAAAGGGGAGACCCCGGACCACCAGGACCACCAGGCGUGUCCAGAUUAACAGAGCCGGGGAGGAUUGGCGAUCCGGGGUCUCAAGGAGAUGUUGGACUGCCAGGUGCCCAGGGCCCACAAGGACAACGGGGUGAAGAUGGUCUACCUGGACUUCCAGGACCACCUGGACCUCCCGGACCCCCGGGUGAGCCUGGUCUUUACACAGGAGAAGGAAGUGGUGACUUUUCUUGCCCGGCUGUCUGCCCUCCUGGUCCUGCUGGUCCUCCGGGAAUGCCUGGCUUCAAGGGACACACAGGGCACAAGGGAGAGCGUGGAGAACCAGGCAAAAGAGGUGCCCAGGGGGAUUCUGGACCUCCCGGCGUGUCAGGUAUCCCUGGACCAAUCGGAUUACAGGGUCCUCGAGGAUUGAGAGGCCUUCCUGGGAAGCCUGGGCCUACCGGUGACAGGGGUCCCACAGGAUUCCAUGGACCAGUCGGUCCUCCUGGUCCUCCUGGCAAAGUUGGAGAUAAAGGUCCCAAAGGACACAUUGGAUUCCAAGGAACAAAGGGAGAUCCGGGCAAGAUUGGUCCCAGAGGUCUGCCUGGAGUCGCAGGACACAAGGGUGAACUGGGAAUUCCAGGUCGGGAUGGACGAGACGGAAAUCCAGGAAUCAAUGGUGAAAAGGGCGAGCCUGGACGGAACGGGGCUCCUGGAGAGAAAGGUCCAGUGGGACAGCCAGGAUUACCUGGAAAGCCAGGACCUGAAGGGGCCAGUGGUGAACCGGGAAGUCAAGGUCCAAUGGGUGGUCCAGGACCCCAAGGACCUCCUGGGAGUGCGGGACCUUUGGGAGACUCAGGAAUGAUGGGAGAACGUGGACCAAGAGGAGUUGAUGGGGAGAUGGGACCUCCUGGGGGACGUGGAAUCCGGGGUCGGAGAGGCUUCCAGGGUCGUAAAGGUGAAAGUGGUGAGCCAGGUGUCCCAGGACCUACAGGAAUCCGUGGGGACUUUGGGGAAAGGGGCCCUGUUGGAGCAUCAGGUCCCAAAGGUAACCAGGGACUUGCAGGUUCUGAUGGACUUCCAGGAGAAAAAGGAGAAAUGGGUCAGCCAGGACCACAGGGACAGAAGGGAGAGCCAGGAGUUCGUGGUGAGGUGGGGCCUAAGGGGAACCCUGGUCCAGCUGGGGUUCCUGGGACAGAUGGUGUUCCUGGUCCUCCUGGGCCAGUGGGUAUAGCCGGAGAGCGUGGCAUCCCCGGAACUUCUGGAAAACCAGGUUCUCCUGGAAAACUUGCAAGUGAGCAACAGAUCCGGGAACUCUGUCACAGCCUGAUCAGUGAUCAGAUUGCAUUGUUAGCUAAUAAUCUGAGAAGGCCAAUGGCCCCUGGAAUGAUAGGAAGACGUGGCCCCCCUGGUCUUCCAGGUCCACCAGGGCCAAAGGGCGGAGUUGGCCAUCCAGGCAGACGAGGUCCACCAGGAUUGACUGGACCAUCUGGAGAACUUGGUGACACAGGCCCGCGAGGUGACCAUGGUGUAAAGGGAGACAAGGGAGUUAUCGGUAAAUCUCUUGGUGGCUUAGUAGGACCUCAAGGGCCGGCAGGGCCCCCAGGAGUCAUGGGACUGAGUAAGAAUGGGCGAGAUGGAGCACAAGGGGACCCAGGCCCUCCAGGAGAGUCAGGACGACCUGGAAGAAAUGGCGCUAUGGGAACACCAGGAAUCUGCGAUACCUCGGCCUGCCAGGGAGCUAUUGCAGCAGUAAAAUCAGGGUCUCCUAAAAAGUCAUGAAGAGUGUGAUCACAUAAGAAAAUAAGAAGAUAACUUGAAACGAAGCCCAGUUCCUCCUGAGAUUGAGUGAAUCGAAAGAGACAACAAAAUCAAGGACAAUUUAUCAACAUUUUGGCUCCUGAUAUCUAAAUGUCUUAUAAAUAUGUUUGAGAAGGUGCUAAAAACAGACACUUUGCUUUUUACCAUAUGUUCCUUCAUCAUUUUUCCAAUUCUGUUUGAGAUCUGUAAAGACUAUCUGCCUUUUCUGGUUCGAAUGUUCCGUUUUUUAAAAUACUUAUUUCUUUAGUUUGGCUCCUCCAUUUGCUCUCAUUGUUUCUUACAAAAUACUAUUAAUUAGAAAUGCUUACCUCAAUUAGACACACCCUAUUGUAAUUAUUGGUGUUACAACAUCUGAACUGUGAGGGGUUACACUGUACAUAUGAUAUAAAUCUAAUGGUUAUAGUGUUUUGUAUAGUACCCUAAAUUUAAAACCAGCAACUCUAAAUUUCAGACAUUUAAGUAACCAGUGUUAUCGACAAAUGAGAUUUAUAGUAUUUGUGCCCACAUUUUUUUCUCUUUCCUGAAUGUUCAUUUUUCCUAGUUUAAUAAUUUUUUUGUGGAAAUUACAAGUUUUUGUGAAUUCUAAGUAACAAUUUAUGGCUUGUUGUUACUAUAUUCUGUCCCAUUUUGUAACAUUUUCCAUAAAUUAAUAAAUCCCUGUCAUACUCCUGCAUCCACAAUGAACGGUAACCAAUUAGUAUCCUUGAUUUUAAAAUAAUAUUUAUUAAUUGUGGGUGCCUGUUGUCUGUAAAAUAAAGCUGUUACCACCA